AUGGAGGUGCAGUUAGGGCUGGGGAGGGUCUACCCCCGGCCGCCGUCCAAGACCUAUCGAGGAGCUUUCCAGAAUCUGUUCCAAAGCGUGCGCGAAGUGAUCCAGAACCCGGGCCCCAGGCACCCUGAGGCCGCGAGCGCGGCACCUCCUGGCGCUCGUUUGCAGCAGCAGCAGGAAACCAGCCCCCCGCAGCAGCAGCGGCAGCAGCAACAGCAGGGUGAGGAUGGCUCUCCCCAAGCCCAGAGCAGAGGCCCCACAGGCUACCUGGCCCUGGACGAGGAACAGCAGCCUUCACAACAGCAGACAGCCCCGGAGUGCCACCCUGAGAGCGGCUGCGUCCCAGAGCCUGGAGCCGCGGCGGCGGCCAGCAAGGGGCUGCCGCAGCAGCCGCCAGCACCUCCGGACGAGGAUGACUCAGCUGCCCCAUCCACGUUGUCCCUGCUGGGCCCCACUUUCCCGGGCUUAAGCAGCUGCUCAGCCGACCUUAAAGACAUCCUGAGCGAGGCCGGCACCAUGCAACUACUUCAGCGACAGCAGCAGGAGGCAGUAUGCGAAGGCCGCAGCAGCGGGAGAGCCAGGGAGACCGCUGGGGCUCCCACUUCCUCCAAGGACAGUUACCUAGGGGGCACUUCGACCAUAUCUGACAGCGCCAAGGAGUUGUGUAAGGCAGUGUCGGUGUCCAUGGGCUUGGGUGUGGAGGCGUUGGAGCAUCUGAGUCCUGGAGAACAGCUUCGGGGGGAUUGCAUGUACGCCCCGCUCUUGGGAGGUCCACCCGCUGUGCGUCCUAUUCCCUGUGCCCCACUGGGCGAAUGCAAAGGUUCCUUGCUGGAUGACAGUGCAGACAAGGGCACUGAAGAGCCUGCUGAGUAUACCCCUUUCAAGGGAAGUUACACCAAAGGUCUAGAAGGCGAGACCCUGGGCUGCUCUGGCAGCAGCGAAGCAGGGAGCUCCGGGACACUUGAGCUGCCCUCCACUCUAUCUCUCUACAAGUCCGGAGCACUGGAGGAGGCCGCAUCGUACCAGAGUCGUGACUACUACAACUUUCCUCUGGCCCUGGCCGGGCCGCCGCCCCCUCCGCUUCCUCCCCAUCCCCACGCUCGUAUCAAGCUGGAGAACCCUCUGGACUACAGCAGCUCCUGGGCGGCCGCGGCAGCGCAGUGCCGCUUUGGAGACCUGGCGAGCCUGCACGGCGGCGGUGCAACGGGACCCGGCUCCGGCUCGCCCUCGGCCGCGGCCGCGUCUUCCUGGCACACUCUCUUCACAGCCGACGAAGGCCAGUUGUAUGGGCCGUGUGGUGGGGCCGGCGGCGGCGCAGACGAGGCUGGGGCCAUAACCCCCUAUGGCUACUCUCGGCCACCUCAGGGGCUGGCGGGCCAGGAAGGCGACUUCCCUGCACCCGAUGUGUGGUACCCGGGCGGCGUGGUGAGCAGAGUGCCCUAUCCCAGCCCCAGCUGUGUCAAAAGUGAGAUGGGCCCUUGGAUGGAGAGCUACUCUGGACCUUACGGGGACAUGCGUUUGGAGACUGCCAGGGACCAUGUUUUGCCCAUCGACUAUUACUUUCCGCCCCAGAAGACCUGCCUGAUCUGUGGGGAUGAGGCUUCUGGCUGUCACUAUGGAGCUCUCACUUGUGGAAGCUGCAAGGUCUUCUUCAAAAGAGCUGCCGAAGGGAAACAGAAGUACCUGUGUGCCAGCAGAAAUGAUUGCACCAUUGACAAAUUCCGAAGGAAAAAUUGUCCAUCUUGUCGUCUCCGGAAAUGCUAUGAAGCAGGAAUGACUCUGGGAGCCCGGAAGCUGAAGAAACUUGGUAAUCUGAAGGUACAAGAAGAAGGGGAGGCUUCCAGUGCCACCAGCCCCACUGAGGAGUCAAGCCAGAAGCUGACGGUGUCACACGUUGAAGGCUAUGAAUGUCAGCCCAUCUUUCUGAAUGUCCUGGAAGCCAUUGAGCCAGGCGUGGUGUGCGCUGGACAUGACAACAACCAGCCUGACUCUUUCGCAGCCUUGCUCUCUAGCCUCAAUGAGCUGGGCGAGAGACAGCUUGUUCAUGUGGUCAAGUGGGCCAAGGCUUUGCCUGGAUUCCGCAACUUGCAUGUGGACGAUCAGAUGGCAGUCAUUCAGUACUCAUGGAUGGGGCUCAUGGUGUUUGCCAUGGGCUGGCGCUCCUUCACCAACGUCAACUCUAGGAUGCUCUAUUUUGCCCCCGAUCUGGUUUUCAAUGAGUACCGCAUGCACAAGUCCCGGAUGUACAGCCAGUGUGUCCGAAUGAGGCACCUCUCUCAAGAGUUUGGAUGGCUCCAGAUCACACCCCAGGAAUUCCUGUGCAUGAAAGCACUACUGCUUUUCAGCAUUAUUCCAGUGGAUGGGCUGAAAAAUCAAAAAUUCUUUGAUGAACUUCGAAUGAACUACAUCAAGGAACUCGAUCGUAUCAUUGCAUGCAAAAGAAAAAAUCCCACAUCCUGCUCAAGGCGCUUCUACCAGCUCACCAAGCUCCUGGACUCUGUGCAGCCUAUUGCAAGAGAGCUGCAUCAGUUCACUUUUGACCUGCUAAUCAAGUCCCACAUGGUGAGCGUGGACUUCCCGGAAAUGAUGGCAGAGAUCAUCUCUGUGCAAGUGCCCAAGAUCCUUUCUGGGAAAGUCAAGCCCAUCUAUUUCCACACACAAUGAAGCAUUGGAAUCCCCCAUUUCUCCCCCCAACCCCACUCCCCUUUUCAGAUGUCUUCUGCCUGUUAUAACUCUGCACUACUCCUCUGCAGUGCCUUGGGGAAUUUCCUCUAUUGAUGUACAGUCUGUCAUGAACAUGUUCCUGAGCUCUA